AUGAACAGACCACUAUCCUCCAUCGCGGCGUCCAUUGAUGUGACAAAAGCAUUCGACACAGUGAACAGAAGAGGGAUGUGGCAGAUCAUAGGGCGACUCGGCUGUUCUCCAAAGUUCUUGAAUAUGAUCAUCCAAAUCCACGAGGAUCAGGGUGGCCAGGUUAGACACAUCGUUGAUUUCUCAGAGUCAUUCUCGAUCACCAAUUCUGUAAAGCAGGGUUGCGUUCUGGCAGCGACUCGCUUCAUUUUCUUCUUCAGCAUGAUGAUCAAGCAAGCAAUGGAAGAUGCUGAUGAUGAGGACGGAGUCUACAUCAGAUACAGUUUCGAUGGUGGCCUGUUUAAUCUACGGCGAUUAAAAAGCCCAGACAAAGAUCAACUUAUCCGAGAACUCUGCUUUGAUGACGAUUCUGCCCUAGUUGCCCACACAGAAGGUGAUUUGCCGCGGACCACUUCCUGCUUCACAGAGGCUGCCAAGUUUUGGGGCUUGAAGUCAUUUUAA